AUGUCUGCGAUGCUUACUCCAGAAACUCCCCAGCACACCGCUGCAAAUGAGGAGCUAGAUAUCAAUGAUAUUAAUGAACUAAACGAGAGCGAUAUUCAAGGACUCGAUUUAGAAGAGGAACGCGAUACCAGUGCAAGCGCUGUCAGCCAACCGACCCCGAAACGAGAAAGGUUAGAUGAAGAUCUAGAGAGUAACCUCGACUCACAUGAUCAUUUUAGACCUCGUGUGAAUGUCAGUUCACCGUUCUCAUCUGGAGUUGACAUGCGUAGAUAUGCACAUCGUGCUGAACAUGUCAAUCAACGUGCACUGUCAAUGUCACAGCAGUCAAAAUUUAUAUCGUAUUGCGAUGAAAAGUUAAUGGAAAUUCAGAGGAAAUUUGUACAAUCCCGAGGUCUAAACGAACAACAUGGUUACCAGGGUCUGGGACCGCUUUUGGAAGAUCUUAAAACAGUGCUGGAUUUUAUAUGGUAUUCCAUAGAGGGCCUUACUAACACGGAGUCACUUUUGAAGACUGACGUAAAUCUUAUGAGCCGCGAACAGUUUGCAGGCACGAAAUCUACAAGCUUUGGCCAGGUUUACUAUCUUAUACGUGUGGCGGACGAUUUUUUGGAUUAUUUGGCGACAUUUGAUAUUCGUGGCAUGAGCAGUGAUGAACAGCACAAAACUCUUUCAAAAGCAUUCAAAUUCAUCAUCAUUUUGGAUGUAUCAUUUGCACGGCUAUUGGAAGGUCUGGUACCAGGAAACACCAGGCUGAACGCCACUGAGACGGUGAGAAUUGCGGGUAUUGCAGAGCGCACAAGAACUGCUGUUCCACGCUAUCUAGAAGAACAGCAAGUUCACGGUUAUCAUUACGAGGUAAGCAAAAUUUAUGAGGAAACGUUAGAAAGGUGUGCUUAG